AUGAAGGAAAAAAUAAAUAUUCUUGGGGAUUUUGUACACCGUUCUUGGCUAACUUUGGAUAGAGACUUGACCGGUCUUCGCCUUCUGGUUAAAUUACGUUGGGAUAUGAGACGUCGAAUGCGUGAAAAUCGGGGGCUUCAUAAAAUUUUUUUGGAUGUUGUUCGUGCUAAUCCAAAUAAAAUUUGUAUUGUAGAUAUUGGCUCAAACCGUUCCUACACUUUCUCUCAAUUAAAUUCUUUAUCUAAUCGUUUCGCUAAUCAUUUCCGAAAUAAUGGAUUUAAACGGGGCGAUGUUGUUGCUUUGUUUAUGGAGAAUGGGGCAGAAUUUGUAGCUGCCUGGAUUGGGUUAAUGAAAAUUGGGGUAAUUACAGCAUGGAUUAAUUCCAACUUGCGCCUUGACUCUUUAGCCCAUUGUUUACGUGUUUCAGAAUGCAAGGCAAUUAUUUGCUCAAAUUCACUUUAUCAAUUUUAUCAAAAAACAAAAGAUGCGGGUCUAUUAAAUUUUCAAAAUAUUCAAGAAUUUAUAAUUGACAAUAAGAAAGUGAUAAAUAAUUUUGAAGAUGAUAAAAUGUUAUCUUAUAAUUGGUUAAAUAAUGCAGAAGCUUCAGAACCAAUACAUGAUGAUACAAUUAAUUUUCAUUCCCUCCUUUGUUUUAUUUAUACAAGUGGAACUACUGGAAUGCCUAAACCUGCUUGUAUUAAACACUUUCGUUGUUAUUCAAUGGUUGUUGGGUGUGCUUAUAGUUUUGGUUUAUUACCAACAGAUAAAAUAUAUAUUUCAAUGCCUUUAUAUCACACUGCUGCUGGUAUUCUUGGUAUUGGUCAAGUGUUAUUUAGAGGGGCUAGUUGUGCUAUUAGACAGAGAUUCUCUGCUAGCAAUUUUUGGAAGGACUGUGUAGAUUAUGAAUGCACUUCAAGUCAAUAUAUUGGUGAGAUUUGUCGGUAUUUAUUAGCUCAACCUAUUGGUGAGUAUGAGAAAAAACAUAAAGUUCGAAUAAUGUUUGGGAAUGGAUUAAGAGCAGAAAUAUGGAAAGAAUUUGUCGAAAGAUUUAAUGUUAAAAUUGGUGAAUUGUAUGGGUCUACUGAAGGAACUUCUAAUUUAGUUAAUGUUGAUGGCAAAAUUGGUGCAUGUGGAUUUUUGCCUAUAUCUCCAAUAACUGCAUUAGUUCACCCUGUUCGGCUUGUUAAAGUUGAUGAUAAUGGUGAAAUUAUAAGAAAACCUAAUGGAUUAGCUGUUUCAACAAUUCGUCAUGAUAAUCCUUUACUUGUUUUUGAUGGAUAUUUAAAUAAAACAGAAACAAAAAAAAAAGUAAUUCAAAAUGUUUUUCGUCAUGGAGAUAGUGCUUUCUUAACUGGAGAUAUUUUACAUUGGGAUAGACUUGGAUAUUUAUAUUUUAGAUUACGCACUGGAGAUACUUUUCGGUUUAAAGGAGAGAAUGUUAGCACUACAGAAGUGGAAGGUGUUCUUCUUCCUUUAAAAAGUAUUAUCGACGCUGUAGUUUAUGGAAUAAAUAUUCCUGGCAUUGAAGGUAGUAUAGGAAUGGCAGCAAUUGUAAGAAAUAGAAUUGAACAAACACCUGAUGAGGAAUUUCUUCAACAAUUAAGUGCGCGUCUUAGAGCAGCUUUACCUCCAUAUGCAAUUCCUCGAUUUAUUCGUAUUUGUAGUUCUGUUGACAGAACUGGUAAAUUUUGA